UCAAAAGGAGCAAUCUUGGCCUCUACCCUCUCUCUGAGUUGAGUUUCUUUGAAUGGAUACAAAACCCACUUCAGCUCUUUAGUCAAUGGCCCCCAACUUGGUUCAGACAUACCUGCAGACCUAUAAUAGCAUCCCUUCCAAAACAAACUUGACUUUUCUCUCUCAUUUUCUUUUCAUAUUCAAAGAAGUAAACAUCGAAGUGAGAAGAGUAACAUUUAGGACCUAAAGUUAGGCAUUGACAUAAAUGAUCCCUUCAUAUCUGGAAAAAAAGAACAAGCUACAUGGAACUGAUUCAGGGAUGGAAGUCUUGUUAGCAUGCUAGAUAUCGAUCCAACCCUAAGCCUAUCUACAAAGAAGAGUGUGGCCAUAGAUGUCAUUAAAGAAGAUAAUCAAAUAAACACCUAAUUACAAAUCUCAAACCACUACAAUUCGAAGAGGAUCUAUCCAUUAAAUUCCUUAUUAGAAAGGUCUCUCUGUAACUUGCUUGCAGAGACGUGUGGUUGUUGAGCUAUCUCAUCAUUCUUGGAACUACUCCCAUUUAUUUUAGAUGCACACCCCCUCGGCCCCUCCUUCCUUCCCUCACUUUUGUUCAUUAUAUCUAUUCUUGCUUGGCCUGCUGCCAAGUGCCAAACCCUCUCUGCGUCUCUACCACCCUUCUCUCUCUCUCUCUUUCUCAAUCACAACACAACCAGAUGGUAGUUUGAAAGUUUUUCAAUCCUUCGCCUUCAUAAUUUCUCUUCUUCUCUGGAUUGGCUACUCCGGGAAGUUCUUGUUUCUAAGAGAAAUCAACCAGAAGGGUGAGAGACUUAGAGAGUGCUGCACAAAGACAUCCAAAGAGAAAUUAGCAACGCAUUAAAUAUGGAAAGCGUUGAGAAAGAUAGAGAGAGAUUAACAGCAGAAAUGGAGCUUAAGGACUCCUCCAUCCUCAUCAGAAUCCGGCAACGCUUGCUAGACAUUUUACUGUCAGUUAAGCUCAAAUAUGUCAAAUUAGGAAAUGGGUACUCAUGCAACUCUGCCACUACUCUUAUGUUACUCGUAAUUCUGCCCCUGUUUAUUUCCAUUGCCAUUCAGCUUUCCGGUUUCAAACUCUUCCGGGUGUCCGAGUUACUGCCAACCACAAGAUUUCAAUAUGGGAUUAAUGCAACUACAACCAUAGCCAGUUUGAUGUCUAUAUUUCUCCUUGGCCUCUACUGUUCCAAGCGAUCUGCACCGGUUUAUCUGGUGGAGUUUGCCUGUUACAAACCGGAGGAUGCGAGGAAGCUGACAGUGGACAGCUUCCUGGAGAUGAGUGCAGAGAGCGGUGCCUUUCAAGAGGAUGCCCUUAAGUUUAUGUCCAAAGUUGCUAAACGAGCUGGUCUUGGCGAUGAAACCUACUUCACGACAGGAAUUACUUCUCGGCCGCCGAAUUUGUGUCUUGAUGAAGCUCGCUACGAAGCCGAGACUGUAAUAUUCGGUGUACUCGAUGCUCUGUUCGAGAAAACCGGCUUGGAUCCGAGUCAAAUAGGAAUUCUAAUCGUCAACUGUAGCUUAUUCAAUCCCAUACCAUCGCUGUCGGCCAUGAUUGUGAACCACUACAAGCUUCGAACCGACAUUAAGUGCUAUAAUCUCAGUGGAAUGGGCUGCAGCGCAAGCCUUACCUCGAUCUCGCUAGUUAAGGGCUUUCUCAAUGCAUACCCUAACACGUAUGCGGUCGUUGUGAGCACCGAAAGUAUAACCCUAAAUUGGUACUUCGGCAACGACCGAUCGAUGCUGAUUAGCAAUUGUCUAUUUCGUAUGGGAGGAGCCGCGGUGCUGUUAUCGAACAAGCACGGCGAUCGAUCCCGAUCAAAAUACGAGUUAAUUCACAUGAUUAGGACUCACAAAGGGGCUGACGACAAAAGCUACAAUUGCGUUUAUCAGAAAGAUGACGACAAGGGGAAAAUGGGGGUUUCACUCGCACGCGAAUUAAUGGCGAUUGCAAGUGAAGCAUUAAAGACUAACAUUACGACUCUCGGUCCUUUGGUACUACCAUUUUCCGAGCAAAUCACCUUCUUCCUAUCGAUGAUGAAAAAGAAAGUGCUGAAAUCGAAGGUGAAACCCUGCGUACCUGAUUUUAAGCUCGCUUUCGAGCAUUUCUGUAUCCACGCCGGCGGAAGAGCAGUGCUGGACGCUGUGCAGAAGAAUCUCGAACUGAGUGACUGGCACAUCGAACCCUCAAGGAUGACAUUGCACCGAUUCGGAAAUACAUCGAGCAGCUCGUUGUGGUACGAAUUAGCAUAUACAGAAGCAAAGAAUCGUGUCUCGAAAGGCCACCGGAUCUGGCAGGUGGCGUUCGGAGCGGGAUUCAAGUGUAACAGUGCGGUAUGGAAGGCCCUGCGAGAAAUUCCGGCGACCGAGUGCGACGGAGUUAACCCAUGGAUCGACUCAAUUGAAAAUUUCCCGGUUAAGGUUCCUGUUGAAUAAUAAUAGCGUCGUCCUUAAUGCAGAGAGUUUCCGUAAAUCCACGUGGGAGAUUAUAAAUGGAUGUGGGACCUCUCUCUUAAAAGGGGGAAAACAUUUUAUUUAAUUGUCUUUUCUUCCAACAAUUUAG